GCAGUUUGCUGCCGUUUGCUUUGCUGAUUAAUGCACUCAAAAAGAAGAAACUAGCAACUUACAUUAAAGAACAUUUCAAGAUCACAUCAGCAAUUAUCAAAAAUGCAGCUGCACAUACUUAAAAGUUUUUAUUUUACAAGAACCGUAUGGCUUAUAACAGUAACAGUGAAUUCAUUUGUCUCAGGUGUCUUACUGUAUGAAAUGACAGCCACCAUCGGGAAAGAUGCUCUGCUCCCCUGUGAGUUUGAACUUCCAAAUGUAAUCACUCCUAAUGAUAUCCGAGUAUACUGGCAGCUGGAGAACACUGAUGUUGUUUAUGAGUACAGCCCUGAAGCAGGAGAAAAUGAAAACCAGAGUGAAAAAUACAGGCACAGAACAUACCUUGAUAAAACAAAACUAGUAGAAGGAAAAUGCCAUUUAACUCUCCUCAAUGUGACAUCUAUGGACAGUAAUGUAUAUAAAUGUAUCAUUCAAAUAAGGAAAUCAAAUGGCUUUGAAGUAAUAUAUGACAAAUGGAUUUCAUUGUCAUUAGCAGCUAACUAUAGCAAGCCUACCAUCACUAGCAAAAAUGAAACAAACCGCAUACUUCUCAUCUGUUCUUCUGAAGGAGGAUAUCCAGAGGCACAUAUUAAGUGGCUGAGCACAUCCAAUCAUACUCUGAAUGGCAGUAAACCCUUGAGCAUUAUAAGUCAUUUAACUGGAACCAUUAAUAUCACCAGCACACUGGAAGUUACUAACAUCUGUGAUACAAUAUACUGCAUUGUUUCAAAUCCUGCACUGAAUGUCAAUGUCACCUCGGAUCACUUUUCAUGUGACAGUGCAGGUGAAACAACUGAUACAAGAAAAGACAACUCUUCCACGGAAAACUCCAAUGAAUUCAAAAGGCUGCACUUAAGUUUGACUAUGAUACCAGCCGUGCUGUUCCUGUUACUGAUGUCUGCUUUUUACUUCCCAAGACGAAGGCCCUUGAAUACCACACCAGUCUAGUACCUGACAAUGAAUACAGUGAUCUAGUGAUGAAGGAGAUGGAUUUUAAGAAGAUGAAGCCUGUUUUUAAGCAGGCAGCUCAGGUUGAGCAUCCUGUUUAACACUACUGGAUGUUUUAUUUGUUAAACAAUUGCAUUCAAGUUGCAGCAGAAACUCAUCAACUCUCCAGAUGAAAAUUUGUGCUGACAGACAUUCAGUACAAGAAGACAGUGCAGUUUAUGGACCUGUAAAUGAUGAAGGUGAUAACUACAUUUGUUUAUUCAAAGCAUUACUAAGCAUUAAUCAUGAGUGUAUAGUGUUUGGCAAAGUAAUUUGCAGUAAAACAUAAGGAGAAAGGCUGGAGGUUAUUAUUACCUGAUGAUGUAGUAUGCAACCUGAUGUGAAUUUUCUGCUGUAAAAUAUGCUUCUGGAAACCAACGCUAGAAGCAAAUGCACAAGCACGUUUUGUGGGUUUUAUCAUACUGUGCUACAUGUUGUCUGUUAUAAAGACUUUGUGAUGAGGUAUGUGUUGAAGAGAAUGCAUUUCCACUAUAAGAAAAUGGUGAACCAUCACAAUGGUGGUCAAUAUGUGGAGCUGCAGGACUUAAUUAAUUGAUAACUCUUGAGUUUGCUUCUGACAGACAAUAGACAUUAAAUGAUCAGGAGAAAACUUGAUUUCAUGUAGACUUUAUCAAGAGGUUCAGCACUGCUGCUGUGACAAAUGAUGGGGAAUUCUCCAUCCAAUGCAGUUUAUAGGCUUAGGGAAUAAAGGAUCUCAUGCCAUGUAUGCACUUCCUUAAGAGAUGCAGACUCAGAGGGAGUAGUCUGAUUAAUACAACAUUAAACUGAUGUGCAAAGAUGAAACUAAAUAGAUGUGGGACAGUGUGAGUAGUUCUGAUUCCUCCUCCCCACCUUACGAUACAGUAAUCCAUAACUAAAAUGCAGCCAGAGACAGUGCAUUUGGACUGAUUACUUCUCUCAGGAAGCACAUCACAGCAUGUGCUGCUGCCACGUAACUCAUUACAGCCUAAUGAUGCCUCUAGGUACAUCUGCAGUUUCAUCUUACUGAUGCCUCUAGACGUGAAAUAUUGCUUGUUCAUAUUUAUAUUAAUAAUUCCCAAACUCUGCUAUAUAAAAGGGUUUCUUCAUCUUAAAGCUCACACAAUGGCAAACACAAUUGUAUUCUAACUUGACCUUUGUCUAGUGCAAAUGAAGAUGAUAAAAUGCUGAUGGCAGCAUAAGAGCUGGUUAAAUUGUUACUGAGAUAUUGUAAGCUAUUUAUACAACAUUACAUAAUUCAUAUAUUCUGUGGUCAUUGUGGAUUAUAAAAUCCAUUUUAAGACCUAGAUUUGAAUGAGUGCAACCAUUGAAAUGGAUACUUUGUGCUGAACGGUUUGCCAUUUACAAUAUGGUUCUAGGGAUAGGGACAUUUGUUUGAACUGUGAAGCAAUAAACUAAUUUCUUAAAAAGGCUCAGGUCUUGUCCACUGGGAUUUAGAGUAUAAACUCAAAAGGGCUUCAUUGGAGGGAAUGAGUUUAAAGCAUGUUCAGUUGUCAGUGAUCAGUCAGAACUGUUAUGCAGUGUUAGUCAUGGUGAAAUAACAGGUGCAGUAGAAGUUCCCAGUCUAUAACCAUGGAUUAAUUAAAGUAAUUACAAGAGUCAUUUACAUUCUGUGGCAUUACAUUUAAUUAAACAGUAGGCUUAUGGUUCAAAUGUGUUAACCAUUUUCAACCAUUAAUUUAAAUUCUAUAUUGCCAGUACAAGGACACUGUGGGAGUGAGGCAUGGGUGUAUCUUGAAAGAUGAGUUUGAUUUUAGUAGAAAAUACUGUUUACAGUCAGUCUGAGAUGUGUUAACUUACUGGGUAGAGUUCAUUUAAUCAUGGGAGCUCUUACCAUGGACAAGGAGAAACAGUUCACUGUAUUGAGAUUACAUCUUUCUGUCUAGGGAUUAAACUGUUCCCCUUUUUCUUUGAUAUCCUGCUUUCAGAGUUAGUGCAUAUAAGUAGUGUGGGUAUGGGGAGGACUUUCCCUCACCCAUAUUCUUCUCUAUUCCCACAACUAUUAGCAGAUGCUCAUGACGUGGUGUUCAGCAUACUGUCUAGCUGAUGAGCUGCUUCAAUUAACGGGUAAAGCUCAAUGACUUGGUAUUUGAUAAGUAAGCCAUCAGUGCUAACAGCCGGAUCUAACUUAUUUACUUGUUUUGUUAAGGGAAACCUUCAGAUAAUAAGAUGGGUCCUAUAUUGUACACAGUCCUGCCCAAUAUUAAGUUCACAAGAAAGUUUUCUUUAAUUGCAGAGUCAGACUCAUUGUACAUACAAGGGAUGUUGUUUUGAUGUGUUGAAGUAACGUUAUGUAUACUGCUCUGCAGUUAAUGCAUUAUAGACGCUUCAAAAAUAGAUCUGUGUAAAGUCGUUGAAAGCUAUUCAUUAUUGUGAUAUUUUAAAGCUAGGAACAUUUCUGUGACAAUAUUCUAUUCCAUUUAAACUGGCAAAACAGCAAACCUUUAAAAACUAAGUGGUGCAAACCUUAUGUCAGUAUGUCUCCAGAUUAUAUAGCAUUAUACUAGCAAAAUAAGAUUUUUUUUAAAUCAAUUUGUUGGCAUUAAUGGCCCACUGCCAGUGUUAUUAAGUAUGGUUAUUUCUAGUAUGUGUUUUUCAAUUAAAGCACUAUGCUACUUGCUCUGAGGCACAGAGCUUGGAGGUUGGAAUGCUUUUGCAGUGAUCAUGGUCUCCUUUGGGAGGCUGUGUUUUCCUUAUUUCUACUCUCGGUGUAGAGAGUCUUUAUUAAUGGUGUUAUUUUGAUUUUUCAAAAGCAUUAUUAUUUCUGAGUUAUAAAAUCAUUAUUACGCAAAGCUAAAAUAUUAAAGCUUUUAGCAGUAUAGCAGUGGUUACUGUUGUGCAAUUUCCUUUUCAGGUACAAUAAUGAAGCUAUGCUUGGUGGUACGAUAGUUUAGUGUUUAUUUAGUAUAAUAGUGAAGCUAUAGAAUAAAUAUUUAUGUAUGUAGGUGCUUUGAAAGCUACUGUACUGGUCUACAGCUUAGAUUUCAGUACAACUCCAUUACAGGCUUUUAAAGAUAGUUGUCCAGCAUUAAUUGACAAGAAUUUGCCAUCCAAUCAUAAUGUCAUUACAAUAGUCCUAAUAGUAUAGCUUAACAAGAUAAGGCAAAGAGCUACAAAAGACGUCAUCAUUUGGCCCUAAUUCUUGUUCCCAAAAUCCUCUGGUUUAAUUCUGUAUGACUUUGCUCAUCAUUUAUCCACAACAAACUACUUGGCUCAUCUCAAAAUCAAACAUAUUUCUGUAGUAUUUGGGAAACAAAAAAAAAGAUCAAGCCAGAACAUAUGAAAUUUGUCAUGGAAACAGUUUUGCUUAAUUAAUACUGAUUGUUGUAUUGCAACAAAUAAAUAGAAUCAAGUCUUGACUGUGUGGGGAGAUUCAGAAAAGCUACAGUUAGUGGUAAUCAGGUUUCAGAUUCUGAGACAGCUCUGCUGUAGUGCUGUAACACAAAGAGGUGCAGCACCAUCUUGGGCUGUCUUUGUGGCCUGGCAUGAAUGCAAAUGAAACAUUCGGGAGAGUGGCCUUUGCUAAUUAGCCAUGUCACAUUAAUGCAUUACUUUCAGUGGGUGAGAUCGCAUUAGAAGUAAGUGCAGGGGAGUUUAGUGAACUGGUAGUGGUGAGGGGUUUGUAUGUGCAUGCACGCACGUGCACGCGCGCGCACGUGUGUGUGUGUGUGUGUGUGUGUGUGUGUGUGUGUGUGUGUG